AUGAGGUAUCUCCGGCUUGGUCUGGCUUUUGCCGGUCUUCAGUGCCUGCUUGCUCGGGGCGUCCAGGUGGUUCAGGUCGGCUCCGACGCGGACGUGGGCCAGGACAAAAUCAAACAUACGAGACCUGGCUCGGACUUUGAGGAGAGCUUUGGUUGCGCGGGCGGGAGCGGCAAGGAGCUUGCUUUUAGCCGCGACGGGCGGUUCGCUGCUUGCUGUGCUCCUGGACAGCAUCUGGCGGGUAGUAUGUCCACCGAGUUCCUUUGCUGUGGCGAACGGCAUGAUGUUUCUGGUUCCAGUGGCCGGGGCUAUCACUGCUGCCCGACUGGGAUGAGCUUUGAUGGCCGUAUAUGCCACGAGGAUCCUGGCCAAGGAGGGCCUGACGUUCAGGUUCAUGACAGCCAGACGAUAUUAGCUGGAGGCGGCGGCGGCGGCGGUGGAGGAGGAGGAGGGGGAGGCGGGGAUAAGAGCAGCGAGGGUGGUGAAAAGAGUAGCGGCGGCGGUGGAGGCGGAGGGGGCGGUGGAGGAGGAGGAGGAGGAGGAGGUGGAGGAGGUAGUGAUGAUCAUCAUGGCAGCGGCGGAGGGGGAAGAGGAGGAGGAGGUGGUGAUGAUAGUGGCGGCCGUGGGAAAGGAGGAGGAAACGGCGGGAACCAAGGAAACGGGGAUGGGCAAGGAAAACCGCCAGCAAGCGGAGGCAAUCCCCCUGAUCAGGGAAAUUCAAGUUGGUGCCAAAGCCCAGAAACCUGCAACUCUGGAAUCGAUACAGGAAAAUGCUAUCUGUUCAAGAUGGACAACGGAGAGUAUCUCGGGUUUGACAGCAAGCCCGGCACGAAUGUCUACACGGCCGGAAAAGACAGCGCCACCCACCACAUGGGCAAGUUCCGUUUUUGCAAAGAUCAGAACUGCACGGCGGGAUGCAGCGUAAACCCGGGAGAGGGCUUUGCGAUUCUCGACCUUCACGGAGCUGCCAAUGGCGGCGCUGGCGCCAACUCCUUUCUCGACUCCAGACGCAACGGCGACCACAUUGGCAAGACGCCAAACUACAACGAGGCUGGACGAUUCACCAUCACGAAAUGGACGUGUGGGAAGUACUGUCUGGGGGGCUAUAAAUGGGGAGUCGGGCCAACAUGCCCGAGCCUUGAGCCGGCACUCACGUUCAACACGCUCGACGCCCAGUCCUGUCUGCCCAUGGAACUCGUCGAAGUCCCAUGCGAUGUUCGUGAUGGAAAGAAUAACUGUCGAUGGGACAAGACCCCUGGGAGCUGCGGUCCCGGAGACAGCCGUCACUGCCAUUGCUACAAACCCUAG